CAGAUGUCACAAACAGUCAAGGGAAAACAAAUUGGUUCGAGGAUUAUAAUUAUAUUGGAAGCAACAAACAUAGAAAAAAUGCUUUUGAUAAAGUCAUGGAAGACUGGAAAAGAUGUGUGAAUAGAGAACAUGGUGUGUUGGAUCUAAAACUUGCAAGUAGCGCGAGCUGUUUUUGCUUCGCGCCAAAAUUUUGAAGUGUCUGCAGAGGUAAUUAAGAGAGAAGGAAACUUCAUGCCAAGUAAAGUACCAUUCCAAGUGGUUUACAGUUCCAGUGCUGAUGAUAACCACCGGGAGAAAGAACUAGAGUUGCACAGUCCCACAACCAAAGGAUGGCAGUCUUCCAGGUUCUGUCUUUAUCCCCAAGAACUGGUGUUGUUGAUGAAGGAACCUAUACGGGUUAGGAAACUUCAGUUGCUGUCCCAUCAGUUCAUGAUAUCCAGUAAAGUGGAGGUGUUAAUCAGUAAAGUGCCUGCUGGACAGCCUCCUUCCUUACUAACGACAAAGUUUAAACGUCUGGGAUAUGUUGGACUCUCCGACAAUGAAAACACAGACUUCAAGGCUAGAGAACUGAAAUCCAUCCACCUUGAUGCUGAAGGACAUUUUGUAAAGCUUAUCCUACACAAGAACCAUGUUAACAAGUACAAUAUUUACAAUCAGGUUGGCUUGGUUGCAGUGAAUGUGAUUGGAGACCGACUGGACACACCUUAUGAUCCACUUGAUGCUGAUCCACUGAAGAAUGUUGACAGUCUUGUGCAGGGUUACAUGAACCCCAACUUAAACAAUGCCCCUGUCUGGGGCAGAAUAAACAAGCCUGAUUACAUCUCUCGUAUGGAUGAUUUGGCCUUUGACAUGUAUCAGGAUCCUGAAACAGCAGCCUUGAUUAGAAAACUAGAUGACAGGAAAAGAGAAGCAGUACAACAGGAAAGAUACGACUAUGCAAAGAAGCUGACAGCUGUCAUUUCAGACUUGUACAAGGUUGGUGAGAAGCUGGGACGAUAUGAAGUUGAGAAGAAAAAAGCUGUUGAAUUGGAGGAUUAUGAUCUAGCUAUGGAGAAAAAAGUGAGUGAAACAGUGUUUAUUUCUCUUUAUCUUAUCACAGGCUACGAUAAGAAAUACAAGUAGGUAUAGUCUGCAUAUGCGCCUAGUGCCUCAUCAGGCCAGCUCUUAUCUCUGAUUUCUGUAGCACGAAGUGACUAGAAGUAUUUCUAAUUCCUACUGGAUGAGAUCUGUGCUAGUCCAUCACAGGGUUACCCCCAG